GCGGGCGCGGAGCGGGCGGUGAACAUGGCCGCGGUUCCCGACGCCGCUGCCUCCUCCCCCGCCGCGCCGGGCAGCGGAGGGGAGGGACGGCGCGGCGGAGCUGCGGAACAGCAGGAGAGCGUCCGGGGGGAACCGAAAACUCUCUGGGGUAGCAGCGACCCUCGGCCACCUCCCGCCGGAGCGGGGCAGCCGUCACCGCAGCAGCGAACGGAGACUUUAGGCUUCUACGAGAGCGACCGGGGAAGGAAGAAAAAACGGAGCCUCUCCGAUCUUUCAUUGCUGAGAUUCAUCAGUGCAGAGCUAACAAGAGGUUACUUCCUUGAACACAAUGAAGCAAAAUACACAGAGCGAAGGGAGAGAGUUUACACGUGCAUGAGGAUACCAAAAGAACUGGAAAAGUUGAUGUUUUUUGGAAUCUUUUUGUGCCUGGAUGCUUUUCUGUAUGUAUUCACCCUGCUUCCUUUGAGGGUUUUUCUGGCCAUGUUCCGGUUCAUCACGUUGCCUUGCUAUGGCUUACGCUUUCACCGGGGCCUAACAGCAAGUGACAGACGUUUGCUCCAACCUGCUCAGGUAUGUGACAUUCUCAAAGGAGUUAUAUUGGUCAUCUGCUACUUCAUGAUGCACUAUGUUGACUACUCUAUGAUGUAUCAUCUGAUAAGGGGACAGUCUGUCAUAAAGCUCUACAUCAUCUAUAACAUGCUUGAGGUGGCUGAUCGUCUGUUUUCUUCAUUUGGACAAGAUAUUUUGGAUGCUCUUUAUUGGACAGCUACAGAACCUAAGGAAAGAAAAAGAGCUCACAUAGGUGUGAUUCCUCACUUCUUCAUGGCUGUGCUGUAUGUCUUCCUGCAUGCUAUUCUUAUAAUGGUUCAAGCAACAACCCUUAAUGUGGCCUUCAACUCCCACAAUAAAUCUCUGCUUACUAUCAUGAUGUCCAAUAAUUUCGUUGAAAUAAAAGGAAGUGUUUUCAAGAAGUUUGAGAAGAACAACCUCUUUCAAAUGUCAAAUAGUGAUAUAAAAGAGAGGUUCACCAACUAUGUGCUGCUGCUAAUUGUAUGUCUAAGAAAUAUGGAACAGUUCUCAUGGAAUCCAGAUCAUCUUUGGGUGUUAUUCCCAGAUGUUUGCAUGGUGGUUGCUUCAGAAAUUGCAGUGGAUAUUGUGAAGCAUGCCUUUAUAACAAAGUUCAAUGACAUCACAGCAGAUGUCUACAGUGAAUACAGAGCCAGUCUUGCAUUUGACCUUGUUAGCAGUCGACAGAAAAAUGCUUAUACAGAUUAUAGUGAUUCAGUUUCCAGAAGAAUGGGUUUCAUUCCUCUUCCUCUGGCUGUUUUACUCAUCAGAGUCGUAACAAGCUCAAUAAAAGUACAAGGAGUCUUAGCAUAUGUUUGUGUUGUGCUGUUCUACUGUGGGUUAAUAUCUUUAAAAGUCCUUAACAGUAUUGUAUUGCUGGGGAAAUCAUGUCAAUAUGUAAAAGAAGCAAAAAUGGAGGAGAAAUUAUUCAAUCCUGUCCUGACUGCUACACCAGGGAAGUCAGCUGGCAAACAGCAAAGCAUGUUUAAAUCUACCCAAGGAAUUCCCACAGAUGAAAAUGGGUCUACAUCAGUUACCAAUCAGCCUGUGCAUCAGAAGGAGAACACACCUUCUUUACUUGUUACAAGCAAUUCUGAUCAAUUUCUGACAACUCCUGAUGGAGAAGAAAAAGAUAUAAGCCAAGACAGUUCAGAAUUAAAGCACAGGUCUUCAAAGAAAGACUUGUUGGAGAUAGACAGGUUUACUAUUUGUGGAAACAGAAUUGACUAAGAUUUAUUUUUUUUAAUCGAUGUGCUAAGGAUACUGAGCUGUUGGGACAGCAGAUGCUACCAGAAUGGACGGUUGCCAAAAAAGGCACAUAAAUAUUUAUUUAAAAACUUAAAUUAUUAAUGGCAAAAAAAUAUUAAUUUCUUUCUACAAGUAACUUGGCUUGGUAUCUGGUCAGGUCAAGUAAGUGAUCUUUACCUUGCCUCUUGGAAAAUAUGGUGGAUCAUGAGUUUCUAGCCUGGUGGCAGAGCUACAGUAUCACUUUUCUGGAAAAUAGACUGGAAAAAAAGCAUAAUCCUGUUCUGCGUUAUGAAACCAUGCUUCCAGAACAUACUGCUUUUCAUGAAGGUUCCUCCAGUGUAAGGAUAUUCCUGGAAAUGUAUGAGAGCUUGGUGGGAAGCUUGCCUUUCCAGUUACCUUGUUUUAUUAAACAUCUGCAAGCAGAAUUCCAAACCUGUGCUUGUAUCAACCUACACAUAAAGCAUUGGUACAUAGAACAGUAAGUCAAGAUAGUUAUUCCUGUCAACAGAAAUCUUUUCAAGAUGUAUCUUGAAAAAUCUUGUAAUCAGAAUAAAAUUUUGCCUUUAAAUGAAAGACUUAAUGCAUACUAUUUUAUCUAAAUACUAAACACCAGGGAGAGAUCACAGUAAUGAAGGUUCUGCUUUGCUGGGCAAAUAUGAAGCAUAUUCAUUUCUUGUGUUGUGCGUCCUGCAAGGCAAAUAAUUUAUACAAUUAUUUUUAAAAGCUGAAGAUUUUUUUUGUUGUUGUUGCUGUAGGAAAAAAUAAUAAAGGGGCACCUCUAUGCAUUGAGGAAGGGCACUGGGAAUUGCAGGAAGCAACUGUUGUGCUGGAACUGUGUGUGUGGCAUUAAAACAGCAGAAAAGAAAGAAUAUUGCACUGCAUUUGGGGUUUAACUGUGGUAAGAAUGACAUCUGUGUCUUCACUUGCCUAUAAAGGCUCAUGCUGAGAAUGAAAUCAGAGCUACCUUGGCCAAUUCCUUGGCUUCAGUCAAGCUUAAAUGGCUGGACUAGAUCUAUAAAGAGCACUUAAGCAUUACAAUGCAUCUUCAUUUUUAGUGUGAGGUGCAGCUGUGGGAGAAUCAGUGAAAGAUGGGUUGGAAUCCUCAGAUCAAGGAUGGAAUAAAUUUGAGCUCAAAACUUGGGCUGGAGACUUUAAUUAGAGAAGACCCUUUAGCUAAUGGUAUAUUCUUCAUACAUCUUGUUCAAAGACAACUUCAAAUGCCAUUCAGGUAUCUAAGUAAGCACCAGUUUCACUUUCCAAGGGAUCACAAAAGGACUUCAGUGGUGGAAAAAAAUGAAGGCAAAUUUCCUCUUUGCUAAUUUCAUUGAAUGUCAGAGUGGGGAAGCCAAAGUUUAUUCGGGUUAUGAACAUAUAAAAUGUCAAUGCAUAUGCUAAUCCCUGACAAUUGCAGGACUACAGUAAAAUA